GCUUUCGAAAGCACUUUCCCUUCCUCGUCUGGUUUUUUACUCCAUUCGCUUCCGCUUCUUCCAUUAUCUAGGGUUUCGAUUCAUUUGUCUAUUCCCCUCACGGCUCUUUGAUCGAUCAGUCAUCCUCGAUUCCACCGCUCUCUAGGGUUCAUUUGACGAGGAAUCAUCCCCCCCCCCCCCCUGCUUCAAUUUGGAUUACCUGUUUUGGUUCUUCGAUUUCGACAUGGGAGAUUGGCAGGAUCUCUGCCAAGCCGUGUUUAUCGGUCUCAUCUUCUCUUUUCUCAUCGCGAAGCUCAUCUCCGUCGUCAUCUCCUUCAAGGAGGACAACCUCCGUGUUGUUCGCGAGCAUGACCUGACCGCCGAAGCCCCAUUGGUCGAGCGCUCGUCGCUAGAUGUCGGGAAGAAGGCGGAUGAAGGCGUGGGGGGAUCGGAGAAGGAAGAAGAGGGCCUUUUGGAGGAUGAUAGUGACUGGGAGGGGAUCGAGAGCACGGAGUUGGACGAAGCCUUCACUGCGGCUACGGCUUUUGUUGCGGCUACAGCUGCCGACAAGAAUUCAACAAAGGUUUCGAGUGAUGUGCAGUUGCAGUUGUAUGGGCUCUACAAGAUUGCGACCGAGGGGCCGUGUACCAUUCCUCAGCCAUCUGCGCUUAAGAUGACUGCUCGAGCCAAGUGGAAUGCAUGGCAGAAGUUGGGUUCUAUGCCUCAAGAAGAAGCUAUGCAGAAGUACCUCAUGAUUGUGAGUGAGCUUUAUCCUUCUUGGGCAAGUGGUUCUUCUAAGAAAAUGAAUGAUGAAGAUACUCUGCCAUCUAGUUCAGCUGCAAAGGGACCAAUGGGGCCAGUUUUUAGCACCUUCGUUCAUGAGGAGGAGUCUGAUACUGAUAUAAAGUUGGAGCCAGUACAUGACUUUGCCAGGGAAGGAGAUGCUGAUGGGUUAUUGGCACUUAUUGCUAAUGGUGCUUCUGUGAAUUCUAAAGAUAGUGAAGGGAGGACUCCAUUACAUUGGGCUGUAGAUCGUGGACAUCUUGGUGUUGUGGAAAUACUUCUUAACAAGAAUGCAGAUGUGAAUGCCCAGGACGAUGAACGACAAACACCGCUUCACUAUGCUGUUCUGUGUGAGCAAGAAGCAAUUGCUGAGUUGCUCAUCAAGCAUCAUGCUAAUCAUCAUAUUAAGGAUGAGGACGGCAAUUCUCCGCUUGAUCUCUGUGGAUCUCAGUGGGCUUUUAUGCUUCAAGCCCGCUAAGGAAAAGAUUGCAUCGACAUCCACAGUUCAUACAUUCUUUCUGGCAAUAACAGACUGAAGUAGUUUCACAAGAGAAACAUAGCGAGCCAACCGAAAGAGCUGCUUUAUUUGGCUGGUGAACAUGCUGCUAUGCUUCUUGUUGUUUCAUUGGCUUGACACGCCGUCCAUUUUUUGUGUGAAGUAGAUUGCUCAUUCUAGUAUGAUUUAAAGGGUUUAUUA